UAUGAGUGAGCACUGUAACAAUAUCACUGCACUAAAUAUGUGAGCAGAGCACAUCAUCUGCGCUGAUCGGCAACGCUGCACGCAGUACGCACUACACGCACUGGAGCCGAUCUACAGGUACAGAAGAUGGACGUGAAGGACCAAGGCGCUCAAAUGGAGCCUCUGCUGCCCGCGGUGGUCACCUCUCCUGAAAGACAAAGUGUGAGGAAUGAUGAGGAGGCUGUGGUGGACAGAGGAGGCACUCACUCCAUGCUUAAAGCUGGACUGGAGAAGGAGGAGCUAGAAGGUCACAGGACUCUGUAUAUCGGGGUUCAUGUUCCUCUGGGCAGAAGAACUCACCGCCGCCAUCGGCAUCACGGACACCGACACAGAAAGAGGAGCAGGGAGAGAGACUCAGGCGUCGAAGACGGACGAGAAUCACCUUCAUACAAUACUCCCUCUCAGAGGGUUCAGUUUCUGCUGGGCACUGAGGAUGGUGAUGAAGAGCAUAUACCACACGACCUCUUCACUGAGCUGGAUGAGAUCUGCCUCCGUGACGGAGAGGAUGCUGAGUGGAGAGAAAGUGCCAGGUGGCUGAAGUUUGAAGAGGACGUGGAGGAUGGAGGUGAGCGCUGGAGUAAACCGUACGUUGCGACGCUCUCUCUGCACAGUCUCUUUGAGCUGCGGAGCUGCAUUACAAACGGCACCGUCAUGUUGGACAUGAGAGCCAGCUCUCUGGAGGAGAUUGCAGAUAUGGUGCUGGACCAACAGGAAGUGGCUGUGCAUCUUGAAGAUGAUGUCAGGAAGAAGGUCAAAGAGGCUCUUCUGAAGCAGCACCAUCAUCAGAACCAGAAGAAACUGGCCAAUCGGAUUCCCAUCGUCCGCUCUUUCGCCGACAUCGGCAAGAGGCAGUCUGAGACAAACUGCAUGGACAAAAACGGUCAGAUGAUUCCUCCCCAGUCUCAACCACUGACCACAGAGGGCAAGAAUGACGUGAGCCGUGAAAACAGUGCUGUGGACUUCAGCAAGAUAGACCUGCACUUCAUGAAGAAGAUUCCUCCGGGUGCAGAGGCCUCUAAUGUGUUGGUUGGAGAGCUGGAGUUUCUGGACAGGCCCAUCGUGGCGUUUGUCCGCCUCUCUCCUGCCGUACUGCUGAACGGCCUGGCGGAAGUUCCCAUCACCACCAGGUUCCUGUUCAUCCUGCUGGGGCCUCUGGGUAAAGGACCACAAUAUCACGAGAUUGGCAGAUCAAUUGCUACCUUGAUGACAGAUGAGGUUUUCCAUGAUGUGGCCUAUAAAGCUAAAGACCGCAAUGAUCUGAUUGCUGGAAUCGAUGAAUUUCUUGACCAGGUUACAGUUCUGCCGCCAGGAGAAUGGGACCCGUCAAUCAGGAUAGAGCCACCAAAAAACGUCCCGUCCCAGGAGAAGAGAAAGAUCCCUGCAGUGCCUAAUGGAGAGCUGGCAGAGACGGAGGAACAUGGUGGACAUGGAGGCCCUGAGCUGCAGCGCACCGGGAGGUUUUUUGGUGGAUUGGUUCUGGAUGUGAAGAGGAAGGCUCCGCACUUCCUGUCGGAUUUCACAGAUGCGCUCAGCCUGCAGUGUUUGGCCUCUUUCCUGUUUCUGUACUGCGCCUGCAUGUCCCCUGUUAUCACCUUCGGAGGACUGCUGGGAGAAGCCACAGAGGGACGCAUAAGUGCAAUUGAAUCGCUGUUUGGAGCCUCCAUGACUGGAAUUGCUUACUCGCUAUUUGCCGGACAGCCUCUCACUAUUCUGGGCAGCACUGGACCCGUUCUGGUGUUUGAGAAAAUAUUAUUCAAAUUCUGCAAGUAUGUCUAA